AUGACCUCUGCGGACACUGCUGAAGCCAUGCCUCCUUACGAGCGACAGGCAUCCAAUUUAUUCGACUUCCCUGCGCCGCCAGAUCAGCCGCCCGUCCUAGUGCUGCGCCCGGUGCAAACGCCCGACUCUCAGUACCCCAGCAGAAGGCUCAGCGCGGUUGAAGCAAGCCCGCCGGGCUCGCCCAGUCCGACUGAUACGGUCAAUUCAAAAAGUCCGUUCGACAUGUCUUCUGGCCUGAGUAUGAGCAAAUUCAAGCGCUUUUCUAAAUCCACUACCUCCCUGCCAAUGAUGGCGGGAUAUCACGGCCACGGCAUCGCCAAUAGUAUCCAUCUCGGCGAGUACCCGUUACCAUUGUAUAGCAGCAACCCCUACGACUCUAAGCUUCUAUUGCCGCCGCCGCCGCCGCCGCCGCUGUUGAAGCUCAGAGCUGUUAAGUCGCAGUAUAACCUGAAAAGCACGGAAGAGUGCGGACUGCUUUCUGAUUCGAUUUUCUCGAUGGUCAGCAAGGCUGAGCCGAUGGCCGAUAUUACUGACCUGCUGACUCCAAUCGAGUAUCAGUCGUUCGAGUCAGACAUUGGGAAUUCGUCGGGAACCAUCACACUCGUUUCCCACACUCAUGGGUCGUCAACAGGGUCCAAUGUCAGCCAGGAUUGUCAUACACGCGGACCAAUCGACCCGGAUGCCAUGGCUACCUCCAGCGACGGCAGAAGCGUGCAAGUCCAGCUACCGAUAUCCGUCCCUCGCAAGCAAAAGAGCAUGGCGCAGCUGGAGGCACAGUCCAAAAACCGCAACUCAAUGUUUGUCUCGGGCACACUCCUUCCGCCAAUAGUCAUGGGCAGCAGUGACGAGCUGUCGCAGCAAUUCUCGUGGUGCCAGAAGGAUCCCGUCGACACACAGCUGGACAAGCGUGUCCAUCGCACAUCCCGCUACCUAUACGACGUCCCCAGUGGGUCGUCGGGCGGCGGAGUGCACAACACUUUGUCCAAGGCAUUUCAAUGGCCGCAGCGCAUCGGGCGCAACUCAUUCAAAUCCUCAGAUAGACUCAACAACACGGUCGUUGACCAUCACAAGAUAUACGACAUCUACGAAGAGUCAAUUUGGCACACCACCAGCACCUCGCAUAUGGGAUCGGGCUCGGGAAAUGCAGCACCCACUAACACAGCGUCGAUUGGCAAGGGCGAGGGGAGAUUGAACGGUCUGGGCACUUUUGCCAGCACGCACUUGCGGUCCCUGCGCUCGGUCGCGUCGUCCUCUGGCCUGCUACCCUGGCGUCUGAUGAAGUCGGGAAAGCCGCAGACAGGAAAGUCUCCACGAAGCAAGAACGUCGAUUGGGAGUGCUCAAGCUUGUUCUCAAGCUCUGUAUACAGCGACAGCGACUCGAGCAUCGCACUGUCUGCAGUGCACAGAGAUAUGCGCUCUGACAAGAAGCCCACGCGCAAGCCAUCGAUAAUCCAGAUGUUUGUUAAAAAAGCCGGGCUUGGUGGAUUACUGAGCCGCUCGGUCAGCUUCUCCAAGGUCAAUUCGAGGUCCACGACGGCUCUGCGUGGCACACACGGUGGCUUUGAUGCUGGCCCAGUCAUGGGCCCACUGGGAAAAAGUGUUAGGCAUAAGCAUAGCUUCCGGUUUGCCACCGCCAUGCGUCAGGCCAGUAGCUUGCUGAAGGGCUCGCUUAGGGUUGUCGAGAAAAAGCGCGCGCCAAUUCCUGAAGAUGAGUCUGACAUUGUUUCAGCGUACCCAGCCGACUCGGUUCAUGGGCGUGACCUAGACAUGUACUUGUCCAGGUCAGCGUAUCAGUCGCCAGAGAUUUCCGCACCAACAAACUCGGCCACCGUGUGCAACGAAGAAGACGAAGGCAACGAUGAGAGCGAGCUUGAGAGGUCGGCCGAUGAUCGUCGUUCGUCAAAGUAUGCGCCGCCCAAGAGGCCGUCCUACCUCGGUCUGCAUCGCAAGGCCGCCGCUGCCGAGGGCAAGAGCGAGGGCGAGGGCAAAAACAGUGGUGCUAGUGGCGAUAGUAAUACAAAACAACAGUUGUAUUCGGGGAGCGGCGAUGACACAAUUAUCCAACAUCAGUCAUCUCAUCCAACUCCUGCAUCUGCUUCUGCUGGCGGCGCUGCAGCCAGGCUGCGCCCAACGCAGUUUAACUCACCGUUCACCACUCUGCCCUACGGUGCGUAUGCGCAGCUAAAUCAGCUUCGGGGCCGGGCGGAUGGCCCUACGUAA